AAUUUAAAAAUCUAGAACUAGAAAAGCUACUCAAAAAUCUACUUGGUUUAUUUUCGGCACUGUUUUGUUUCUAUAUUUGAAGCUGUUUUAUUUGUCAAUAUUAAAAGCUUUGUACAGCCACAAUGGUAAAAUUAACAGCGGAAAUCAUUCAGAACUCGCUGCAGUAUAUAAAUCCAGUUAAAGAUCGAGAACUUGAUCUCCGAGGUUACAGGAUUCCUGAAAUUGAGAAUUUAGGAGCAACAGGCGAUCAAUUUGACACAAUUGAUUUUUCAGAAAAUGAUGUUCGCAAAUUAGAUGGUUUCCCAUAUUUAAAGCGACUGAAAUGCCUUAUGUUAAACAAUAAUAGAAUAGUUCGAAUUGGUGAACAUUUGGAAGAAUAUAUUCCAAAUUUAGAGAGUUUGAUUUUAACUGGAAAUCAAAUUGAAGAUUUAGGUGAUGUUGAGCCCUUGACUAGCUUGGAGAAGUUGACUACUUUAAGUCUUUUGCACAACCCUGUUACUGCUAAACAGCAUUAUCGACUGUAUAUUAUUUAUAAACUGCCUCAACUAAAGUUAUUGGACUUCAGAAAAAUUAAAAUGAAGGAAAGGGAGGAAGCUAAAACUUUAUUCAAAAGUAAAAAAGGAAAAGAGAUACAAAAGGAUAUUAUCAAGAGAUCUAAAACAUUUGUCCCUGGUGGAAGUAUGCACAACAUUGCUAAGAGUAAAGGGUUGUCUGAUGAAGAAAUUCAUAAAAUCAGGGAAGCUAUUAAUCAAGCAAGCUCAUUAGAAGAGGUUGAGAGGCUGCAGAAAAUUCUUCAGUCUGGACAAAUUCCUGGGAAUGAACUCAAUGGUCAACGGAAUGGGCAAGCUAUGGAAUAUGAAUAAUUUUAAUUUUAGGACAGAAAGGUAAAUUUUUUGUCAAUCUUUUUGAGAUAAAGAAUUUAUAUAUUAUAAUAAAAAUUUGAUUUUUUUAGUAAACUGAUAAGAACACUACUAAUUUUUUUCUAUUUAAAUACUUUUUUUAAUUUGUACCAGCAAAUAUAUGUUAAAGAGGUCAAGAAGCGAUUUGGUUUUAAUGUGGUAUAAAUAAAAAUAAUAUUCUUUA